GUUGGGGUUUGUUGAAAGAUACAGACCUACCGCGCGCGUUCAUAUUAAGAGUAACAAAGUUGAUAACUCACCCGGUCGUUGAUGAAAAUGGAAUAAAGGUUCCACACCAUCCAUCAGGAUGAUGCGAGCACCUAGACCCGUCGCUUACCUGCCGCGGCGACGUGGUUUCUGCACCCUUUUCAUCGUGAUCUUCGUGUUGUCUUCAAUAUUUAUAUCAUGUAUUGUCCAUUAUUACAAGCACCUUACCGGUACGAAAUGGGACCUCGGGGCGAAUCCUAAACAUGCAAAGCCGGUCAUGAAUUCUUUCGCCUAUCAACUAAUGCCCCAUUUGAAUGACCAUCCAUCCAGCCUGAAGCCAGCAUUCCUACUGAAUGGCACUCGGGAGAAUUGUGAUGUGGUUAUCGGAAUUCCAACUGUUCACAGAGAUAAAGGAUCUUAUAUUAUAUCAACGGUUUCGAAUGUUAUCCAUGGUAUGACUGAUGAGGAGAAGGAUAAAAAUCUUAUCGUUGUUUUGGUCGCUGAAACGCAAAUGGACUACGUCCGUCCAUUAGUGGAAAAACUUGCAACACUGUUUUCGGAAUACAUUUAUACUGGUCUUGUCGAAUUGGUAGUACCAUCUCCUUUCUAUUAUCCGGAUUUUGAUAAUUUACCUUUGAACUUCGGGGAUUCGAACAAGCGCGUCAUGUGGCGUACAAAACACAAUCUCAACGUCUUGUAUGUCAUGGCCUAUGCACGCUCUAGGGGAACUUAUUACCUGAUGCUUGAAGACGAUGUCACUGUUAAGGAGAGGUUCAUCGAGCAUAUGUUGGAUUUUGCAAAGGCCAAAACUAAAUCAAAUCCUGAUUGGUAUGUGCUUGAAUUUUGCAACAUCGGCGGUAUUGGGAAGUUGUUUAAAACAUCUGAUCUAAUUUACUUCAUGACCUAUAUCCAACUGUUCUACAAACAAAUGCCCAUUGAUUGGCUUCUGGAGAGUUACAUUGCUGACAGCUCUUGCUCUCUUGACCGGGCCACGGAGUCCUGCACGAACAGCAAGACGCAAAUCUGACCCAAGUAUAAGACUUCAUUGUUCAACCACAUCGGACGAAUUUCUACUCUCCAAGGAAAAAUUCUAAAAAUAAAGCCUGGUUAUAAUGAAGCCCGAUCCUUAUUCUUCCCGCACGACAACCCGGCAGUCCAACGAGUUUUUACCGAUAUAAAAAUAUUCAAGAAUCAUACGCCUAUGAAAGCAUACGACGGAAAAACUUUCUUCUGGGGAAUAAACCCGGUGAAAGGAAACGUCGUGGAAUUUUGGUUUAGGGAGCCCACUAAUAUUGUCAGAUAUACAUUCCGAAGUGGCAAUUUUGACCGUUACGGCGAUAUAUUUGACAACGCCGUAGUCGAAGCUCUUCCGAUUAGGAAACGAAAGUUUGUCAUGGUGAAAAGGUUUGACGAAUUAGGUUUUGCCAGUGGGGACCUAAAUUUAGGAGCUUUGGUUGCUAUUAGAAUUCGAGUUACCAAAAACAGCACUCACUGGGUAAUUCUAUCUGAGAUUAAAUUGCUAACUCAUAUCCAAGAUACAUCUAAGCAGCGGAAAGCAGGUGCAGGUGGUUAAAAAUAUAUGAACACCGCUACUCACUAUGUAAAAGACUAUACAAGACUAACAAAAGACAUGGCUACUCAUAAUGGACAAGGCUACUCACAUUCUCACAUUAGAGAAUGUUACUCUCAAAGGAUCUACUUAUAACGAACACAGCUAGUCACAAUGGAAUAUGAUGAUCUAGUCAUUAAAUGACAUAAGUUGCUCCGGUAAGCUAAUUGUGAAGGAAAUACCACUCAUAAUUAACUUGAAACCGGCAGCGUAAUUAUAAUUUGCAAAAUUAUUUAUCUUGCUUUGAUCUAGCUAAAUAGGAUUUUGAUUUAAUAAUGUUAUUACUGGAUACCUAUUCUUGAAAUAAAUAUAAAUGUGAGAAAAAAAAUUGUGCGUUGAGUCUCUCCGCGCGGAAGAAGUUAAACUUGAAAAUGUGGUAAUGCAAAUGGGAAGGGGUAGAAUUGUAAAUUAGAAAUAGUAAUGACAGGAUUAUAAUGACAUACAUAAAUAAAUACAUAUAAAUCAAAAUUUCAAUCUCAAUGAAUUGAUUAUAACUAAAUUUCACUAUGAGCGUGUCUAACGCCCAUAUAUCUUGGUCUUGUAAAAUGUUAUUUAAGGGUAACAUCUUUCAAGUUUGUUUGUUUUUUUGUAUUUCAUCCUAAUCUAUCGUAAGUAUGACUUCAUUUCGAUCGAGAGCUUUUGAAAACGACUGGGAUAAAAUCGGAAUAAUCUACAGGGUUGUAUGUGAUGUAGUUUGGGGAUCGAAAGUAUCUUUAAUUUUAGGUUGUAAAUUUAAGAACCAAUGUCGGUAGGAAAUGUUGUAGGUUUUACAACUUCCUUGGGAUUGGAAUAUAAUGAGGUCUUUUGGCCUUCUUUCUUAUAAUAUAUUAUUGUUAAUUUUCAAUUUAUAACUGAUUGGAGUGCCCAAAGCGAAGGAUAACUUUCAGUAAGUCACGUAAGUUUCAACCAACAUUUUCCAAGUUAAACUCCGGAGCAUUGACUAAACUCUGAGUAAACAAUAUUUAAUCACAUUUAUAAUUACUCAUCUAUAUUGGUGUCUAUAUAACGCUUAGAUUUAAGUGAUUUCUCUUUAAUGAUAAGGUUACAGUGUAUUCCCUGUGUAAUAUUGAUUUAUUUUGUUUCUUCAACGAUCGCUUUUUAGUAAUAAAGAGCAUUAUUAUUCUUUACCGUUUGUUUGUUAAGCUAUUUUGUGUAAAGCCUUUGGCUUAUAUUUUUUACGGUUAUAACGCUUUGGACUGUUCGUUGGAAUCAUUGGAAUCAACACAGACGUAUCUACAAGAUGUUAAGCGUCUGUCUCCGAAGAAGUACCUUCCACCGGACACGACAGCGUGACUUCAAACGUUAUUUAUAUAUUUUAAUUAAGUAUUUUUUAUGUUUUCUGAUAUACAUUGUAACCAUUAGUGUAAGGAUUUUCUGCUUAAUAAAUUUAUUUGACGAGA